GCUUGUUCUGACACAGGAAGGAUGAUUUCAGGUUUUGCCUUCUUUUGCUGUCCUUGUUGAUGUCGGUUGAUUGGCUAGAUUUGUACUUUGCAAGUUUAUAUUUGAAAUUCUCCCUCCCUUGGGUUUCUUGUCUUGUUUUAUCAGUUAUACUUCUCACAUUCUCUCUCAGUCCUGGACCUCAAACCUAUCUCUGAUACCUAGUUUAAUACAUAAAUAAAUUCAUUUAAAUGUCAGUCUUAAAUGUGCAACAGUUUUCUAUAAAUAUCUGAGGUUGAGUGCAGCUUUUCACCGUCACAUAAGACAGGAACAAACAAAGAUAAGUCUUAAUAUCACUCCAAAGACCAAGACGGAGCUGAGAGGCAGCAGCUCAGCUGUAGACAUCAGACAGGGCGAGCAGUCUAUAGAUAACCCCCGUGUUUCUAUCACAUGUGCAGCGUGUUACCAUAUAAGACAGCAAUAUGACUCACCCCGCUCACUGACCUACUAUGUGGGAAGUCAUGAUUCAUGCAAGCUGCAUUUAAGCAUGCAGAGACCAAAAAUACUCUGGCAUGCCAUCACCCAAACACACACUCACACAUACCUCGCUUGCUCAGUCAUACUCGCCUCCCACAGACACAGAUAGGCUCAGAUGCUGUCGCUAACACACUCUGAAAGACGUUAGAAAGUUGUCAGAACAAAGACUGGAAUAACAAGAUGACUGGAUCUGCACCUGAUGCUUUUUUGAGGGCGUGAGCGGUAUGUCCGUGGAUGAGAAGCCUGAAGCCCCCAUGUACGUGUAUGAGUCGACGGUUCAUUGUACCAAUAUCCUCCUCUGCCUGAACGACCAGCGGAAGCAGGAUAUCCUCUGCGAUGUGACCGUCCUGGUGGAGGGCAAGGAGUUCCGCGGGCACCGGUCUGUGCUGGCCGCCUGCAGCGAGUACUUCCUGCAGGCCCUGGUGGGUCAGGCGGAGAAUGGCCUGGUCGUCAGCCUUCCGGAGGAGGUCACUGCCAGAGGAUUCGCUCCAUUGUUGCAGUUUGCCUACACUGCUAAGCUGUUACUCAGCAGAGAAAACAUCCAGGAGGUCAUCCGCUGUGCCGAAUUCCUGCGCAUGCACAACCUCGAGGACUCAUGCUUUCGCUUCCUGGAGGCCCAGCUGCGCAGCGAGGAGGACGGCCUGCUGCUCUGCCGCAAGGUGGCGGCGGAGGCCAACAACUCGGAGGACGAGAGCAUGCAGUCGGAGGAAAAGCCCACCUCCCCCAGGGUGCGGCGGUGUGCUGACGCCCUCUCCUCCUUCCGACACCCCGACGACGAUCGGCUAGCAAUGUCCAGUCAGCUGAUGGACGGCAGGUUGGACUUUGAUCGACACGGAGCGUCAGACCUGCCACGAUGCCCUAAGUACAGGAAAUACCAGUGGGCUUGCAACAAGCACAAUAAUGACACCUCCUCACACACCAGUACCUCAGGUUUUCCAAGCACAUUAAAGGAGAGCGGCGUCGGUAGCACAGUGCCGAGUCCGGGCAGGCUGCCUCUGGCACAGAUCAAAGUGGAACCGCAGGCCGAGGAAGAGGCGAUCUCAUUGUGCCUGUCGGGAGACGAGCAGGACGGCAGGGAUAAGGACAGUGUGAUAGCCAUGGAGAUGGAUCACCCCAUAUCUGUGGAGAGAACCAAGAGAACCAAGUCCCCGUCCUGCCUCAGAGCCUUCUUCAAGAAAGGGGCGGACCUCCCCGGUCUGCCCAACACUUCACAGCAGCUAUUCGCCAACAGACUCGUCAGCCCCCAGGACAAAGGAAACUCUCAGGGAGAUCAUAAAAAAGACUUCAGGCCUUUCUCUGGGGAGCUGAGUCUGUCUGUUACAUCCCCAAAGGACGGGGACGGCUUCCCUGUAGGGUUGUCCCUCAAGUCCGCUUCCUGCGACGGGGUCUGCAAACAGGAAGUCGAGCUCGACCGCCGUAGUGUCAUAUUUUCCUCAGGGGCCUGCAACCGUCUGGGAACCCCAGCGCAUUCCUACCCUGGUGGGAACUCUUUGGAGAUGGAUCCCGCUGAGCACAUGCCAAAGGGCGUGUGGGCUGGAGCCAGCCAAUCCCUCCCCACCUCACAAACCUACUCUCCGGGCGCCACCUCCUCGGAGCCCCCGACUCUGUGCCGCCCGCGACCCAACACCAGCUGCCCAGUGCCAAUCAAAGUGUGCCCGCGCUCGCCACCUUGCGAGACGCGCACCCGGACUUCCAGCUCCUGCUCCUCGUACUCCUACGCGGAGGACGGCAGCGGAGGCUCCCCCUGCAGCCUGCCCCAGUUCGAGUUCUCCUCCUCGCCGUGCUCCAACGUGGCCCGCUGUCUCAAUGUGGACCAGCAGGAGCAGAGCAUGGGAGGGGACGCCCUUUUCAACCAGGUGCGACCCAAGAUCAAAUGUGAGCAGUCCUACGGCACCAACUCCAGCGAUGAGUCGGGCUCCUUCUCGGAGGGAGACAGCGAGUCCUGCCACAUUCAGGAGCAGGGGCCAGAGGUGAAGCUGCCUUUCCCCGUAGAUCAAAUCACGAAUCUUCCACGGAACGACUUCCAAAUGUUGGUGAAAAUGCACAAACUGACCUCGGAGCAGCUCGAGUUUAUCCACGACGUGAGGCGGCGGAGUAAGAACCGCAUCGCCGCGCAGCGUUGCCGCAAGAGGAAGCUGGACUGCAUCAUGAACCUGGAGUGUGAGAUCAGGAAGCUUGUGCAUGAGAAGGAUAAGCUCCUGACGGAGAGGAACCAGCUGAAGGCGUGUAUGGGUGAGCUGUGGGAGAACUUCUCCUGCCUGUCUCAGGAGGUGUGCAGGGAUGUGCAGCUGAGCCCCGAGCAGGUCCAGUCUUUAAACCACUACUGCCCCGUGAUGCGGCCUGCCAACUCCACUACCAGCAACCACAACAACAGUGCCGCCCACCAGCCCAAACCCGCCCCCCUCAGCCUCACCACCAACAACGCCACCACCAGCAUCGACCUCACCACCCACUCAGGCUCGGCCACACCGGAGCCGAGCUUCCACGGGUCACCAGGCCCCUCUGAGAGCGAGCCCGAAUCGGCCGUCAGGAACGGGGCGGACAGAGAAAUGGACGGCCAGGACGCCAGCUUGUACACAAAGUCCGGGCUGACCGUGGACAAGUCCAACCAGGCGGUGACGGUGGAUUUUUGCCAGGAAAUGACUGACAAAUGUACAACUGACGAGCAGCCGAGGAAGGACUGCACUAAUUAGUUCUCUGUGUUUGUUUUUGAUGUUUUUUAUUAUUUAAUUUUACUCUUCUGACAAACCCUCGCUCUGGGUUGUUGAGACGGUCAGCCUCCGCCAGUGUUCACUGAAAAAAAAAAACAAGCUUUGUUUGUAUUUAUGUCUUUUUGUGCUGUUUCGUUUUUUUUGUUUUUUUUUGAACGGUUGACACUAAAGUUGUCUUAACAGCAAUACUGUUCUCCAGGUAUUCUCCUCUUACCAUGACAGAGUGGGAACUUCUCACCAAACCCUUACAAUGGUGCUAAACUCGCUCCGGCAGCAGCGGAGGCUCCGUUCUCCAAACGUUCACAACUCAAAGUCAAACCUCAUCGGACCUAAACAGCAGCAGCUCUCUGUCUCUCUGUUCCUGCCUUUUGUCUUCUUUCACAUUUGCUCUUUUUUAUUUCCCACUCUGUCUCUAUCAAUCUUUACUCUACCUCUUUCUCUCUUCCCGCGCUCUGUCUGUGGUUCUUCUCUCAAUAGAUAUCUCAGUGGCCCUUUUCGUCACAGCAAUUCAAACUCAGGAAAGAAAGAAAAACAAAUCCUCUGAAUGUUCAACCUAAUUCAUGACAAAUGAGAAUACAGCUUUCUGUAAGUGAGGGAUGCAGCUAGACUGUAAAAUGUUCAUAUGCAAAAAUGUCUUCAAGCGUCUCGCAUUUGUAUUUCUGUACAGGAGAACUUCUUUGUAACUAAAAACAUUCCUCCUUUGCCUUCCUCAGCACUGAAUUGAAAGGUUAAAAAAAAAAGGUUUUUGCAGGCGGUUAAAUGGCUAUUUUUAUUUCCCACUCAUCAGCAAUACCAUUGUAUUUGGAUGUUGUGAUGGUGACUUUCAAGUGCUUGUUAGGCAGAAAUGUACAUAGUAUGGAGCAUGAUGACUGUAACAGUGAUUUUUGUACAGGUAGAGGCUUAGAUGUUUCUUUUUCACCGGGGUUAUAUCAAGCACCUUUUUCUAAGGGAAAAAUCUUUGCUUUGCUGUUUCCUGUCCUGCCUAUCGAAUGCUCCCCGUCACGGCGGGUGUUCAUAAACUCAGGAAAUCAGCUCUAAUACACAUGUGGACACACACACGACAGAACAUACAGACACAUGCGUCAACACACAGAGUUUUGAGCCCCAUGCAUGUAUAAAAAUUAGACGUUCAAAGACGUGUUUUUGAGCUCAGGCCAGCUCCUGUUUCCCCACUUUGACUCCUCUUUAAAUGUGAAAAAAAAAACGAGUUCUGCCUUGUGUUUUUUGGAGAAAAAUCUUUUUUCUUAUCAGUAUUUAAAGAUGCUAUUUGUGUACACGACCGUACAGACCUUUUAAGGUUUUCUUCCCUGUUGCCAACUAAAGCUAAAAAGUGACAGAUACUUAAAAAAAAUUUCAAACUGAUCCUAAAAUAAUCACCUCUUGAGAAAAAGGAGAAAGAAAAUUGACUAAAUUCAGGCACUUUGUUUCCGCCCCCAAGCGCUCAGAGCCGUUUAGCACUUCAAUUAGGGUCUUUAUUUUUAAUUCAGGCUCCUUAAAAGUCUGAAACUGGAGCACUUCAUUUGGCACUUCAAGAGAAAAAAUCAUGUUUAUGUGAUAAAUGAUCUUUAUGAAAAAGAUGUAUCUGAGACACAAAAGGAAGCUAACAUUUUAGUAUAAGAUUAUUCACGACUUAUAUUUGUAUUUCUUUAGGAAAUGAAUAAGCUAAUUCAGAUUUCAUUUGACGUGAAAACAGUGUAUGUGUUUGUCCAAACGAUUAAGUAACAAUCAUAUAAGAUAGUAACCAGUUUGCCCUAAUUGUGCAUUUGUUUGAACAUCCUGCUUGGUGACGUGCAUGCAUGCUCCCUGUAGCUAUAAUGAGUCUUAGUUUGUCUAGCUUCUGUUUGCCUUGUGACUUUUCUCUGGAGCUUUUAAAAUGAUAUUUUUAAAAUUGUAUUUUAAUGUAUAAACAAGCUGAAUUAUGUCAACCCUCACUAGAGGCUUGCUUUGUGUAAAAGCAGGUUGAUUUUAAUUGGAAUGUGAAGCUUUAUUCAUCACUCUUUAAAGCCCCAAUCCAAAAAAACGGCCCUCCCUCUUAGCGUAGCUAGCUGAAGCUAAUAACAGGCUAGCCACUGUUUCAUUAGCAAGAAAACUUCUCUUUCAUUAAACAAUUCUGCUAUAGUGUUAAUGUGUUAGAGGAAUGUGUUCCCAAAGUUUAACAAAUUAGUAUUUACUACAGUACUUUCUAUUAGAAAUGUAAACCCCAAGUCGUUAAAAAAAAGCUAACGCAGCUUUAAAGAAGCCUAAAACAAACAGUUUGAUACAAAAAUAAUAUUUAUGAUAAUUUUUCACUGAAGUAACUUUUUGUAAGAAAAUGUAUGAAACAAAAUAAUUAUACAGUUGAAGCAUUCAUGCCAAAAACAAGCUAACUAGCAUUUCAGACAUGUUUGCUAAUGUUUCUUCAUUUGUGCUGAACUAUUGUUGUUUCUUUGUCUCAGGGAUGUUCAGAACAUUAUUGACCAUGAUUAGCAAUUAGUAACAUCUUAGCAACGAAACUGACAUGUUACAUUUAAGGCAACUCUUGUCUACUUCAAAAGUAUUGUGUUGUUUAUAGACAUUGUUUUCUAAAAAUCUUAAAGAAAGUACUGUAGUAAAUACUCCCCCCCCAAAAAUAUUGUAAACCCCCUUAGAGCGAUCUAAAAAGAUCAGAUUGCCGUGCUAGUUAGCUAGCAGUGUGUUUUGUAACACUUUGUUUCGGUUGAUUUAUUUUAGGUGUUAGUCCUUUGAAUCAUUAAAGUGACUAAAUGUUGUAUAUGUCAAUGAUUAUUUGGCCGAAUUAAUCAUGGAUUUGGGCUUUAAAGUUAAGAUGAAACAUUUUAAAGUCCUCCCCCCCGGACUUAAACUGAUGUAAAUUUUAGAUGUAGUUAAAAAUAUGAUCUCACAUGUGAGACUCUUUCUGUUAUACAGCCAAACAGAGUUAAGUGUAUUUUAAAAAUCUGUCUUUAAAUUGUUAAAAGACCUUUCCCUACUUCGUAGAGUACAUAGACCCCGCAAAGACACGGACACAUGCACACGUACACGAACAACACACACACACAGAGUACACACACAUGGGGCACAGCCUGAGUGCAGAGCAGUAAUGGUGGUUCGGCCCGUCUUUUAUUUGUGAUCUUUUCAUUCUUGUAUGCAUUUUAUCUGAAGUUAAACAGUAUUUACAGUAUUAAUGUGCAGAUUCUACCAGGUUCAAGCAACAAAACUAGAGAGGAACUGACGUGUCUACGUUACAGAGGCUUCAUUUCUGCAAACGUUAUGCAACUCGUUUUAUGUUCAUUUACUUUUUUAUUAGCUUGAUGUUAAAUUGAGGAAGCCUGGUUUUGAAUCAGAGAGCAUCAACUCUGAUAUAUGUUGUUUUUUUCUGUCUGGAGAAAAUGGAUUUAUGAAUAUUGUGUUGUAGCAGAAAGGCCCCUGGAUGUCUCAGAUGUCCUCAUAAUACGACAGCGACCACUUGCUUGUUUUAGCAUACUGCAGAAUAUCUGUAACAACUAUUUCAUAAUUCAACUCAACAAACUCUUAGAGUCCCACAGAACUUAGAUGCAUAGAUAAUUAAACAAAUUAAAGCUAAACCUCCAGUCAGAAAAGCUUUUCAUCCAGACCGCUAAGCUCUCCGAUUCUUUGCAUCUUUGGCUCCAAUGAAGAGACGAGGUAAUGUUGGGUUACUCGAUUGUUUUAUUCCACUGUUGGUUAAGGGGUCAGUUCACUCAAAUGACUAAAAAUAGUUAAAUAAAUAAAUAGCUAUUACUCAUUUCUUGGCUAUAGUACCUAUUUGGACCACAUUGGAAGUUUAUUUUUAAGUUCUGAGUUAAACGUAUUCAGGGAAUUUAAACAAUCAAAAUAAGAAACCAGGACCAAAUUCUAAAUGUAACGUCCAAACCCUGGGUGUAAAGAUGGACUUAAAAGAAAAGACGAAAGUUUGAGUUUACAGUUUGAAUUCUUUUUUUAGGGGUAAAAAUCUGGAUUUUAGAUUUAAGAUCUGGAUUCUGAAAUCGGAAAGUCUGCAUUUUGUGAUCAGAGUGGAUAACAGUGAGAUCAACACUGUUCUGAGAAUUAAUUAAAAGAUCUGAAAUAAAAUACAGGCUGUGAGACCAGAUUAGAGUGUAUAUUCUGAGAUUAAUGUCCGGAUUCUGAGAUCAACUCGGACCUAUAAAAUACAAUUUUCACAUGUGGACCUCAUUGUUUUCUGUACUUGAGUCAUCUAGUAACGCAGAUAGUUUUUGAUUCAAUGGUUACAAACUUGUUCCUGAUUACUUUGGUAUAUUUUGUGUCCUGAGAUCCUGUUACUUAUUUUCCCUGUUGGUCUGGAUAAUCAUGUUUUUGUUGACUUUGUUUCAAAUGAAAAGUUGAAUCUAAUCAAAUGUCCACUCACCUCUGGUCUGUUGGGAUGGUUACAAAAAUGUCAGACUGAAACCAAAACUUUCUGUGUGGUUUGAUACCAUCAGAAAUAAGAAUUCUGAUUUUUGUCAUUUGGGUGAACUGAUCCCUUAGUGUCUCAGGGUGUCAAGCAUUUAAACCUGCUCUUUAUCUCCCUCUGCAGCAGACUUUUAUCUUUUCAUCUUUUCAUUUAACUUUAUUUGUUUGAGCCUCAGAAUAGAUUUGUUAACGAAACUUAAAGCUGCAGUAAUUGAUUUUUGGCAACUUAGGGGCAAGCUAUUAACAAAGUUGACAUAUUACUGACUAUUAAAGUUUACAAAAGCAAACACAACAUUUUCCUUCUUACACAGUGAGCUAAAAGCAUCAUACACAUUCAUUUAUAGUCGUGUUUAUGUCUGCCUGAAUGUACGUCCAAUAUUCGCUCAAACUUUUAGGUUUCUUUUUGGUCAAACCCACCACCUCCAGUAUUUUUACCAGCUGCAGCUAACUCUGUAUCUCUGCUGUUUGGUGCAGCUUUGGUAGCAUACAAUAACUUUUUCACAUACAGUAUUUGGCAGAAUAUCCUGGGUUAAUAACCAAAAACAACUGGUUCUUCACUUCAAACAACACACACAGUCAUCUGAUCCAUUUUGAAUACAAAUCGAUUAGUGCAGCUUUAAAACGAUGUGGUUUAUAAUUCUAUGCAUAAAACCUGAAGUUAAUGUAACCAUUUAAUUAUUAGAUUCGAGGAAUCCUCCAGGUUACUUUGUGCAGGCCAAACAUUUUUUUAUUUUCGGCUGAUGCCAUUACAACAGGUUGAUUUAAAUACCUUGACAUGUAUAACUGAAUGCUCGUACCUUUUUGUUGUGGAUUUGUUUUUUUUUUGUUGCUGCUUCUCUGAAACAAACACUGGCUUUUCAACUCCAAAGGUUGUUCUUUAAGAAAACGUAUGAACAAAAACAUGCCUUUCUCACAGAUUGCUCAACUUUAUUGAAAAAAAAAAAUUAAAAAAUCUGGUAUCCUGGUUGAACGCGCAGGCUGAGAUCAUUAAGUAACAUUGAAAAUGGAAAAUGUUUACAAAUAGGUGUCAUGUCAUGUUUGAUAAAUGUUUGCCAUGUUAAACUGAUGGUCGCUUCAAUCGGACUGCUUCUUGGUAAAGAGACAAAGAAUGAGUUUCCUCACCUUGUCUUUAAUCCAACUGUUGGGAUGGGUCAGCAUGGAUACACAUGCACCUCCGAUAUUUGCCUUAGAACUUGCAGAGGCCAUAGUUCACAUUCAAAUGAAGUGAGUGUAUGCAGGGGCCCCGGCCCCCAUCCCUGAGUCACCAGUGCGGACUUUCUCACACUUAUCUACCUGUGAAAUCCUUCAUACCUCUCAUAACUGGUCAAUGACUGUAUCAGCAAACUGCAUCAGGUGUUUUUUCUACAUGCUUUUUACACAGAUUCUAUGGAUUAUUGUAUUAGUAGAUUUUUGGUGCAUCAUUUUUAAUGUAAUAGCUCUUAAGCUUGUAGUUCAAGUUGUUGUUUUAUUCUUUCAUUUUUCUAGACGACUGUUUUGUGUUAAUAUUGUCAAUUUGAAAUAGCUGUCAUUUGCUUAUUCUCUACUAAGAGUUCUUACCUUUAUCAUUUUUAAAUGCUACAUGACCCUAAUGAAUUAAAAUGACUUAAUAACCAUUGUAAAUACGGUAUUGUGCAAACCCCAUUUUCAUUCAUUUCAAUUGCUAGUGUUCUAUAAAUGACUUUUUUUGUCUAGACACCAUUUCUCUUUAUGAAAUAAAGAAACAUGCAUAUCA